GCAACUCUCACUCUCAAUGGAACUACGGCUCCAACAAAAGAACCCAUUCACACACAAAGAACCAAUGGCCCAGUACAGGUGACUACUCUCUGCGACCUGCUACAGCAUACGAUAGCCACGAUACAUGCCAUAAUUAGACACCAUCUCUAUGUCACCCCGGCCACCAGCCAAAUGGAAGGCCCCGCGACAGCAGGCUCGAGCUUGACAGGCUUGCCUGCAGCCGUGGUCCGAUGGGAACAGCUCAUCACCCGUGCCAGACUCCAACGUCUCGAUCCCGACCAGUUCGGCGUCUUCUCCAAGAUUCUCCUCGUCAAGCACCCCCUACCGCCCGGCCUCAUCGCCGAGCUCCUCCUCCGGCCCACCGCCGACAACAAUGUCGCCCUCGACCCGCGAGCGCCUCUCUACCUCACGCACCUUAUCAAGCAGAGGCGCGUUGACACCGCUUCCGUCCUCAAAGCCCUCUACAACUACUCAACCAUACACACCAAGAUACACCCACAACCAGAAGACCAACCGUCCAAAGAACGAGAUGCAAGCGCGCCGCGGCGAAAGAAGCUGCAACGAUGGACAUCGUCAUACUCCUCCGAGGCCAUUCUCUUUUGGCGCCUGGCGCAGACAGUCAACCAAGGAAUUGGGAUCAAGAGCGGCAGGGAUGUCGUCGAGACAUCCAGGAUGCUGGUGAGGUGGAUGGCCUUGUUCACCGAGGCUGCGACCAUCUUUUCACAGGAUGCUUUUGGGAGCAUGCACAAUUUGAAUGCCAGUAAGCUGGAGAUGGAGAGGUCGCGCGAAUCAUUCAUCAUGUUUUUAAAUGCCUUCAGCGCGCACCCAACGGUACCAAAGACGUUUCAGAUUCCGGCAGCCAAAGGCAUCAGGAAACAGCUUUCGCAAAGUUUGGAGGCUUUUCUGCCCUCGAUCAUGCAGGUCAAUCCCUCGAUUGCCAGCCAACUCGACAUGUUCCGAGCACAGAGUCUCGCGACGCACGAUUCGACCGAAAAGAAGGACCCGGCCGUUUCAGACAUGAACAGCUACAUGGAUAACGUGAUGGGCUUGGAAAGCUUUCAGGUCCCCGAAGUUCCCAUCGCCAACACCCGAGCUGGGUUAUAUGUCUAUCUGAGCGCUGCACUCGUUGGGCGCCCCAUGAUUGAUGAUGCGGCGCUCUUCACAUAUCUACACAACAGAUAUAGGGGUGAUGUUCAGCAAGCAGCCGUCCAGUUGAUCUUGGCAUCAUUUGACGUCUUGGCGAACGCCGUCUUUCGCAACGAGGGGGCCAAAGCCGGGCAUUUGCUCAAGUCUUUUGUGGUCAACAAGGUGCCACUGGUUUUGGUUUCUCUUGCGCAAUCCUUGCCAUUAUACACGUUCAAUCCCGAGAUUUGCAUCACCGAGGCGUUGGGUCAGGUGGAUACAAACAUCUUCCCGACCUUUUCGGGCAUGUUUGACAUGUCCUCCAACACCGGGUCGUCGUUUCAGGACUCGGUACGACAAGACUUUUGCUUUGCCUGCCAGCUUCACGGGUUGUUGUCCCAGACGGCUAUAGAGAACCUUUUGGGAGACAUUACCUACCAGACGCUGCCGGACGAAGGGCGUUAUGUCAAGGAUAUUCUGGUCCAGUCGUGCCUGCAGGACUCGGACAGGACGCAAAAGCUGAUUGGGGAGUUGGAUAACAUGAAUGGGAACGUGGGGGCGGCUGCGCAGGCGGUGGUGGAGGUGAUUGGCAGUCUCUGUAGAAACACGGAGACGAUGGCUUUGAAGCAGCUGUGCGGCCAGUUGGCGAGCAAGCCGCUGUCGUUGGAUAUCCUGCUGCUCUUCAGUCCGGCGCAAAAGAUUUUGCACCCGCUGCGGGAGCUGAUUGAUCAUUGGGGGGGGUAUGAUGAGGAGCAGGGGGAGUACCAGCCGGUGUACGAGGAGUUUGGGUCGGUGUUGCUGCUGCUGAUGGCGUUUGUGUAUCGGUACAACCUCUCGCCGGCGGACUUGGGGGUGAGGUCGCCGGAUUCGUUUGUUGGGAAGCUGAUUGGGGGAGGGCAUGCUGUGAGGCUGCUUUCGGAUCUCAGUCCGCAGGAGCAUUCGCACCUCAAUGGGUGGAUACAGGGGCUGUUUGCGGAGGGGGGGUUGGGGGAUGAUUUGAUGGCUUCGUGUCCUCCGCAGGAUUUCUACUUGCUCAUGCCGGUGCUUUUCGGGCAGAUUUCGGCGGCCUUGAGCGCGGGGUUCUUGAAUGAGGAGACGCUCAAGAGUGGGCUUGAAUGUGAGUUUCAUUUUCGUUCCGGAAUAUGGAUGAUGCUGACUGCGGCAGAUUUGGUCGAGGUCUUUUUGUUGCCCUCGCUGGUUCCAGCAAUUUUAUAUCUGUCCAACCAGCUCUGGGCGGAGGGCCCAGAAGGGCAGAGGUCCAUCAUCAAGAUUCUCCAGCUGCUCAUCCGGCCGAAUUCCAUCUCCAACGAGGCGUCGGCGAUGUUUCAGUCAGUCCUCAACAUUGUCGCCAAACCAUUGGAGCACGCCCUACGAUCAUAUCAACGCUCGGACCCCAAAUCUCAAGAGGUUGAGCCGCUGCUGAGAGCCAUCAAGGAGAACCUCACGGUCUCGAGGCGAACGGGCGGGGCUGACCAUGCCGAGCUUGAGUCGUGGACGACGACGCAUGGUAACCACACGCCUGGGAGUCACCCGAAUGCGACUCCAUUACCGGGCGGUCUAGCAGCAACAAAUCGACCACCACAGGCGCAGCACCCGGAUGGGGGGAUCUCGGCUGCGGUGAGGCACACUGUUCAGAGCCUGGCGAAUUGGGCCCACCAAGCGCCGCUGGGGGGGAAUACCACGCCGACGGCCUACACCCACCGCCAGACGCUUGCUGCGCUCAAGCUGCUCGGGGCAAGGCAGCUUUUGACUGUGCUGCUGGAUGAGCUGAAGACGUUGACGGAGUCAGGGCAGGGGAGCGUGGCGUAUGAUGUGGUUUGUUCGCUUGUCUGCGCGCCGGAUGUGACGAACGAUACCUCGUUGGCUUCGUCUGACACGCCUAACGAUGCGACAGCGGGCGGGGCGGGUGCCUUUGCGGCUGCUCCACCGCCGCCGGUUCAGAGGAGGUUGACGCUGAGGGAGGUGCUCAAGCAUGAGGCGGAUGACUGGAAAAGGAUUCAGAAGCAGGACCCGGUCAUGGCGGAGACGGUGGUGAGGUUGUAUAGGCAGGUUGAGGGGCAGAUGGAGAUGCCGCAAACUGCGGUGGCGGGGCUGUUGGGGCAGCAGGAUAUGGUUUCGGGGUUGGGGGUUGUGGGGGGGAUGUGA